AUAUUAAGCUGUCACGUGACAAUGACGUCACGCGGUUUAGUACGAAAUUUUUUAUCGGGACUACAGCGAAGUUGUAAUGUGUAAUGCAAUGUGCUAUUUUAAACGAAAAAUGUCGGCGUGUUUGAAGUUUACAAUAGGGAUGUAGAAUUCUAGGGAAAUGGUACGCGAAACAAGGUAUCUUCUCGUUGGGAAUUUACCCGAAACGAUUACAGAAAAUGAAAUAGCGGAAUAUUUCAAGAGAUAUGGAAAAAUUCAAAAAGUGAAAUUAGAAAGAAAACCAGACAGUUCAUCAGAUAGUGACGAAAAGGAAGAAGGAUGUAUUACUGGUCUUACUGCUACUGUUGCAUUUACUGACAUUAAAUCUGCAUCAAAUGCGCAUAAAGCAGAGAAAAAUAUUGGAAAUAAUGUACUAUCUAGUGAAUAUAGCUCCGGUUUCGGGGCCACCGGAAGUGUUGUGAAACGUACGCAUGAACCAGAGAUUUUUCCACGAGUGCCCCCUCCUGCACCCUUUCCAGCUAGAACAAAAGGAUUUGAAGAGGAAGCCGAUGGUUUUGAUGUUUAUUACGGAACUACUCCAACAUAUAGCGAACCGUCAUAUCCUAGUCCUUCAUUUGCUGAACGUGGUCGACCACGAGAACGAUGGCCGGCAGGUGCCCCUUUUCCUGGACGUGGGGCUAAAUGGACACCAGGGACUUCUAGGCAAUUUUCCGACUCUUCCAGUAAAGAUGGAUUUGAAAAACCAAAAUCUGCAACCGCGUCAAUUCCAGCUUCAUCGCCUGCCUCGCACACUAGUAGUAAGCGAAGUAGGAGAAAGAAGAAACAUUCAAAGUCUAUAGAAAGGUCAAGGUCAAGAUCGAGCGGGUCAAACAGUAGCAGAAGUAGCUCAUCUGACAGUGAAAGUGGCUCACAAAGCAGCAGCAAAGAGCGAACUAAGUCAACUCUGUCCUCCAUGGUGGCGAAGUCAGAAGCGCAAGUUUCUGCAAGCAGGGAGGUCGAAAUAGAACCUGGGGAGCGAGAACCAUUAGGAAUACUUAUAAAAAGACUUCCGCUUAGAUCCAGUGAUACAAGCUUGAGGGAUGGUCUGUUCCAUGAGUACAAAAAGUACGGUAAAAUAACUGCUGUCCAAGUAUCAGGGGUCAACGAAACAAGAUAUGCCAUUAUUAGUUUUAAACAAGCGGAAGAUGCACAAAAAGCUUUGGAAGCGUCACGAGAAAAGCGUUUCUUUGGUUCUCAAAUUAUUGCCGAGCAACACGAGGGCUUAGAAGCAGAAGAUGGUGAUUUCUUAACUCCAGAAGCACAACUAGAUGAACACUCCCCUAAAGCCACCAGAACACUUUUCCUUGGUAAUUUGGACAAAGAAAUUUCUAUAGAGGAACUAAAAGAAAAACUGGAAAAAUAUGGUGACAUCUUGGAUGUUGAUGUAAAAAGACAAGGUGCUGUUACUGCCUACGCAUUUAUACAAUUUACAGACAUUACUAGUGUUGUAAAAGCCCUUAAAGAUCUUGAUGGGACCACAUGGGGUUCUACAAAGCUCAAAGUUGGCUUUGGUAAAAGCAUGGCAACACCAGUGGUAUGGUUAGGAAAUCUUGCGGACACUGUACACGAGAGUUUCCUCUGUAAACAGUUUGCUAGGUUCGGAGCGCUAAGUCACACAGUUGUGGAUCGAGAGAACCACAAAGGGCUCGUGUUUUUCAUGAACGUGGAAAGUGCUCAGUACGCACUUCCAGAAAUGCGUAACAGGAUUUGGAAUGGCAAGAAAAUACAUAUUGAUUACGCGAGUCGAGACUGCCAGGAAAUGUUUUACAAGAAAAUGGAGCAAACUGGCCAGUUACGGCCUGGUGAGCGCCCAGAUGCUAGAUCCAUGCAGAAGAAAAUAGCAGAAAAUCCACACUGGGAUGAUGGAGGAUUUGAUCCAAAUUUCAAGAGAGGGGGCUUCACUCAGUUUGGACGUGGGCGUGGUAGAUUUCAGAGAGGAAGGGGCUUUUUCAGGGGCCGAGGAGGAGGACCAGUGUUUGAAGGUCCUUAUCCACCUGAUGAAUUUGCCAUGCGUAGAAAACAAUUUGAUGAGUACAGUCAGGGUAGUGGCCAGUACGUGGAGGAUGAUUAUGAAGCUGCUCUUCGUGAAUACGGUCAUAGUCAAAGGGAGCGGCAUGAACGGGCUAGUCAGAGUCCACCAGGAUAUGAUGAAGUUUACUAUGAACGCACCACCACACAGAGUGGACAUGACUUUGAUCCAUAUGAUAAACACAGAUUCGCUUCUUAUAGGAGUUUAAGUCCCGGAAGUGAUCGUGAAAUGGAGAUACCGGAUGAAGAAUUUACUCGGUUUAAAGCUCGAACUCCUAGUGAUGAACGAUACUACUAUAAAGAAAAAUUUUAUGAUGAAGCGCGAUCUCGUGAUCGUUCACACAGCAGUGAUAGUGAACAGCGUUACAGACUGUCUUCGGAAGUGGUGCGAAGGCGAAGUAGGAGCCGGUCUCCUACUUUGUCAAAAUUGAAAAGAACCAAAGAAUUACCCAUAUCAUACAGAUCUCAUUCCCCACCCACUCCAACUGAGGAAGAAGGUUAUUACCACAGUGAUAACAGCCCAACAGACUUUGAUAGUGCUUAUAGAAAAUAUGGGGAUUAUAAGAAAAGACCAAGUUCAAGUAGUGUUGAGGGUGAUAGAAAAAGUAGUAUUCUCAUGAAUACAGGACUACGUAAAGAAAUUGAAUCUAAAACUGAAGAACGCUCUUCUCGUAAAAGAUCAUAUGAUCAGCUGUCCCCGAAGCGUUCUGACUCGUUGCAUAGAAUAGAAAGGCAGCAUAGUAGAGGCAGUAGGGCAGACUCAUUAUAUGAAUAUGAACGUGAAAAACUUUCUGCGAAGGAACUUAUUUCAAAAGUUCAUCGGUUACGUUCGGAAGUAAAUGAACGAUUAGGUGUUAAAGAUAGUCCAAGUUCAAGUUCUAAUAGUGAAAUCGAUCCUGCAACAAUGACAGAAGCGGAUUUAAUAAAAUUACAUCGUGAGAAACAAAAAUUGUUACAAAAAUUAACGUUAAUAGAGGAUAGCACAAACUUAAGUGAAAAUGAGAGUGAUUCACGGCAUGGAUCUAGUAAGAAAGCGCGUUUGGAUUUAAAAUACUUACAAAAGGCAGAUUCACUGACUAAACAGGAGUUAAAAGAAAAACUGAAACAUUUAGACGAGACUCAGAGCUAUCGAAAACAAAUGGAUGCUCUUAGAAAGAAAGAACACCUCAGGGAUUAUAAGAAAUCUAAAUCAGCUAGUGAUGUUAAAAAAGACAUUUUGGAUUAUAGUGAAGAGGAUUCAUAUUCAUUGAAUUCUCCGCGCGAUUAUCCAUCAGGAUUUAUGCCAAAGAAAAGGCGAAAAGUUGAGGGUGAUAUUGAAAGAAAAGGUCGGUCGUAUCGCUCGAGACAUGAUGAAGAAGCGGCUGGAUUUAGUAGUGAUGAUGAAAAAGAUAAACAUGAGUUAUUGAGACAAAAUAGUGCGCACGCAGAUUUAUAUUCCUCUAAAUCACGAACGUUAUCAAGUCUUGAUGCAAGGCUUGAGAGUGCUGAAUUUUCUUCUCAUUCAAAAGAAGAGUCUCGUAGAGUGUCCUCAGGUAGUGACAAUAAUAAAGAGCAUAGUGAACACAGUGGUCGCAGUCGGCGGCAUAAAAAACGGGAUAAUCAUAUAACACCUCUAAUUCCUCUAGGUGAUGAUGAUAUGCCAGACCCAGAAACCUCUGAUCCGCGAUUACCGCGUGGCAAAUGUGAACGCCCACAGGUUUUACCAUUGCCAGAUUUUGCUCAAUUUAUUCAAUUUUCUCCAUUACCAUCACCUUGUCAUUCACCUGAACGUUAUAGUGAUCUCCCAACAGACAGUGGUAGGGACAAGUUACGCGAGUCUGCUGUAGAUUCGGGUAAUGCAGAUGCGGCAUAUCAGUCUCCUUGCUUUUCACCUCAAAGUAGUAGUAGUAAGACUCAUUCCCCGUCCCAAUCUCCAAGUGGGUCGGGGUCGGACACUAAAGCUAACACAAACUCUGAUAGUGGAAGUGGUGAGUUACCAUUAGGUUUCCCCACUGACACUGAACAAAUUGAUCCUGAUGUCAAUAAAACAGACAGUUUAGAUUCUGUACAAGAUAAAACAAAAGUUCCAGAAGUAUCAAAAGAACAUGAUGAUAGUUUCUCUGAUAAUAAUAGUGACAAUGAUAAUUUAACAUCAGAUAAUCUUUCAAUUGAGGAAAGAAUUCGGCAACUUGAUGAAAAAUGGAAUAAAGCUCAAGCAGUUGCUGCAGUUACGCCAAAAGUUAUUCCUGAUGUGGACAGUAUGGUGAACAAUUCAUCAACAACACCAUCACCAUUACUUACGCCCUACACAACAGCACCAGUUGUGACCACUGCAGCUUCAAGUCCUUCAACUUCAGCAUUGUAUUCAAAAUAUAGAAUCCGUAAAAGGAAUGACCCUUCAGGGUCAGGUACAGAAAAGAGUGAUGGUCCGUCAGAAAUUGUACAAACUGUCUUGUCUAAAUCUAGUAUUUUUGACCAGGACAGUAAGAGACUUGGACAAACAGAUGAAUCAGUUGAAAAUAAGGACUUAACAUCUACAAAUGAGAACUCACCAAAAUCUUAUAGUGCAUGGAAUAAGGCUGAAAUUAAAGAAAAUCCAAUGGUGACUGUGCCAGGAUCCCUUUUAGACCGAUUAGGUCAAGGGAGUAAUGGCUCUUUCCCAACAUUGACAGUGAAUACCACAUUUCCUAGUGCUACUAAUGUGUCCAUGAACAAAACAGACUCUAUGAAUUCAAGUAUAUACAGUUAUGACAAUAGGGCAGCCAAACAAGUAAGCCCACUACCAAGUUUGGAUAUACCAAGUGUUAAUGAUAAAAGCAGUCUGACUGUAUCUUCCGCAGUUUUAGAAGAUAAUCUUUUACAAAAAAUUGACUUUUCAGAAAAAUCACCACGGUUAGAACGAAAUGGUUUAAGUGGAAGUGAUUUAGAUUUAACAAAGACUGAAAUUGAGAAAUCACCAGUAUUACCCAAAUCAAUAUUGAAAAAUCGAAGUGACUCGGACUUAAGUUUAACAAACAAUUAUUCUGACAAAAUCAAUCUAGAUAAUAAUGUUCUCUCUUGUUCUAGUGUUGAAAAUAAGUUUGAAAAUGUUAUUAAAGAAAACAGAAUGGAAUUAAAUGACAAAAGUGAAUUGAUCAAAAGUGAAAAGAAAGAUGACAUUGAUGAUAAUCACUCUAAACUUGUUAAAUCUUCUAACUUGAAUGGGGAGUCUAAAGAUAUCAAAGAGGAAAAAUGUGAUGAUGUUACAGAACUGAACAAAAGUGGUGCUAAAAAGGAAGAAGCUGAUAGUAAUAAAGACGUUAUUUCUCAAUCCAGUGUGGAUAAACAUAGAUAUGAAAGUGCUACAAAUGACACUGUUAAAACUGAAAGUAAACCAUUAACUGUUGACAAAAUGCAUUCUGAAGGUAUAAAUCAGGACUUAAAAUGUGAAAGGGCUGUAAAAACAGACAUUGGAAAUGUUCCUAUUGUUAAAGUCAAAGAAGAAAGUGUUGUAGAUUCAAAGAAAUCUGAAUCUGAUACUGAAGUGAAAGCUGUGAAGCAAGAAGUGAAAAUGGAAGUGGAAACCUCUGUUGAAAGCAAGAAAUCUGAUCAAAAAGCACAGUCCAGUAAAACACCAGACAAAGAGAAACAUUCCAGUAAAGAAUCAAGCAAAUCUACAAAAGAUAACACUUUUAAGGAACCUAGUCAUAAGAAACAAAAGGUGUCCAAAGACAGUAAGGACAAGAAGUCUGACUCCAAUCACAAGGACGAGAAACAUAAAAAGAAAGAAUCAGAUAAGAAAGGUGAGUCUUCCCACAAGUCAAGCAGUGAUAAGAAAGAUGAUAAACAUAAACAGAAAUCAAAAUCAGAGAAAGACAAGAAAGAUAGUGACAAAAAAUCAAAAGAAAAAGAUGAGAAGAAAGACUCUAAAGAAGAAAAGAAGAAAAAGGUUGAGAAGAAGGAGAAAAAAGAUGACAAAAAUGACAAAGAAAGUAAAGAUGAUAAAUCAGAUAAACAUUCCAAAGAAAAAACUCACAGUAAAGACAGUGAAAGUAAAGAUAAUAAGGAGAAAAGUGGUGAAAAGAAAGAAAAGAGUGAAAAGAAGCAUGAGAAAAAAGAUGGGCACAAACAUGACAAACAUUUAAAAUCUCCAGAUAAGAAGUCCAAGUCUGCACAUAAAGAAGAAGAUGGCAAAGAUAAAUCUAAAGAAGCUUCACAAAAAGAAUCCACACCAAAAGAAGGAAGCUCUAAAGAUGUUGAGAAAGAUAAAUCAGACAAAGACAAGCCAGAAAAGAAAGGUGAAUCUAGCAAAAAGGAACACAAAAGCUCUUCUCAUAAGACAAAGAAAAAUAAAGAUGAAAGUAGUAAGAAAACAAAGGAUGAGGGCAGUGAGUCUAAAUCGGUGAAGGAAGAACCUGCUGAGACAAAGAAAAAUAAGGAUGAUGAAAGUAAGAAAGUGAAAGAUGACCACAGUGAGCACAAGAAGAAAGACGAGUCAAACAAUAGAAAUAAUAAGGAUUCUCCAGAUAAAAACAAGGAUGCCAACCGGAAAGAAAGUUCUGAAAGGAAAAGCUCAGAAAAGGUAAAAGAUAAAAGUAGUAAUGGCGAGAAAUGUAAGGAAGACAAAUCUAAGAGUAAAGAAAAGGAAAACAAAGAUAAAGAUCCAGACCAUUCCAAAUCUAAGAGUAGUAAGCCUCAAUCUAGUACUAGUACAUCAGAGUCUAGUGACAAACCAAAAUCUCAAUCAAGUGAAGCCAAAGUUGAGAAACCAAAGGCUGAAAAUGAAAAAGAGGAAAGCAAAAAGUCAGAAAACAAGGAAGACAAGAAAAGCAAGGAUGUUGAAAUGAAUAAAAAUUCUUUUUCUCUGAAAAAAUUUACUAAAGAAUUGGAUAGUCAUAAGAAAAAUCCUAAACCUGAAAAAGCAAUCAAAAAUAAAAUUGAAUCGAAAAAAGAAAGUAAGAAACCUGCUGAACCUGAGUGCAAAAAUAAGAAGGAUACUCCCAAAAAGAAAGACAAAGAUCAUCCUAUGUAUAAUGGUUUGACAGAGGAAGAUCUUGCUAUCUUUGCUCAGUUUGCUGAUGAGUCAAGUCUAUCAAUGUAUGCAAAAGUUAAGAGACGAUCAACUGAGAAGAAACUGCAUCAUGAUAAAGAACAUGAAGAACAAAAGAAACUAAUAAGUGAAUAUAAGAGAAAUCAAAAGAACAAUAAAAAGCACAGUCUAAGUGAUAUAACAGAAAGUAGUGAAGUGAGCUCUGAUGAUGAUAAUAGACAGAAAUCUAGUUCUGGACAGAAGAGUAAGAAAAAGUUUGCUUUCUCCUCAGAUGACAGUGCCAGCUCUACUGACACAGGUGCAGACAUUCUUCAGAAAAAGAACAAAUCAAAAAUGCAAAUGAAGAAACCAAAAAGAAUUCUUGAUAUUUAUUCAUCCGAUUCAGAAGAAGAAGAAAUGAGCAGCAAGACUCCUUCCAAAAAGUCGUCUUCAGGAAAGAAAAAGAAACUAGAAGUUCAUAGAGAGCUUGAAAAUAAAUUUGAAUUUGACAGUAUAAGUGAUUCAGAUAACAAAACAAGUGCUACAAAACAAGCAAAAGUCAAAACAAAAACAAAGACAAAUAAGAAACCUUCAAAGUCAACCAAAACAGAAUCAAAAUCUCAAUCUAAGAGUGAGAAAAAGGAUCUUAAACUACAGAAACCUAAAAUUCAAAGGAAAGACCUCAGUUUUAAAGAUUUAUUUUCUGAUGAUUCAGAUGACAGCAUGGACUCUGAUAGUGACAGCGAUAUUAUGAUGACUUCUAAAUCCAAGAAGAAACCGUUUUUCAAUAAAAAUGAUAAAAAUAAGAAGAAGCUUCCUAGAGGCAGUUCCAUCUACACCUCAUCAGAAGAAAGUGAUAGCAACAGUGAGGAGGAAUUCAAACCAAUGUCUCCUCCUAAAACAACAGUUCUACCAAAGAAAACUGAGAAGAAAAUUUCUCCAUUUAAGGAUCAUGACAGCGACUCAUUUAAUUCUGAUAUUGAAAUUAAAAGUGAGAAAAACAAAAAGGAUAUCAAAAAUAAACUGGAAAGAAAGCACGAUAAUAGUUUUGACAGUGAUAACAGUCUCUUAUCAGACCCAGAAUUGCAUAAAGUCAAUAAGUUUAAAACUGAGCACACAGAUAAGAUUAAUAACAAAAUUGACAUUGAGAUAUUUUCCAGCUCUGAUGCUGAAAGAAAAUUCAAGAAACAGAAGUCAAAGGAGAAAGCUGAAAAAGAUAUGCACAAGUUUAACAAUAAUAAAAAGCUGCAUGACAUCAUUACUGAUGAUGGUAGGUUUGACGGUCUGACAAAGCUGGAAAUGGCUAAAGUUUACUCUGAAACUGUGUAUGAAAAGGACACUUUGUUAUCAAACUUGACCAACAAAGAUAAUCUUCCACCAAUUCUUGCAGAUAUUAACAAAGAACCUCUUUAUAAAUUGGGUAUGGAAUCAGUGAGAAAUGAUAUUCCAAAUUUGAAAGAUAUCACUUUUGAUGAAAAGUCAGGGAAGAUAAAGAAUAAGAAACACAAGAAAGAAAAUAAGAAGAAAAAGAAGAGUAAGGACAAACCUGGAAAAGAACUUUCAAAGGAGAAAAUUGACAGUAUCAGUAACAAGUGCUUUGAGCCAAAGCCAGAAAUUCCAUCUCAAAUUGUUGAUCAAGCAGAACAGUUGAAACAAGAUUCUGAUUUAGAAAACGCAAAUGCAGUUAACAGAAAUUUAUUUGAUGAAAUGAAGACAAUGAAAUCACCUGAAGGUAAAAAGAACAAGACAAAGAAAGAAAAAGAUGCAAGUCAUAAUAUCAGUAGUAAACAAGUCAUUGAAAAAGAAAAGCCUAAAGUGGAACGAGAAAGGUUAUCGGAUUCUGAUUUUUUGUCCGAUUCUGAAAAGAGAAAAACAAAUCAGGUUGACAAAUUAUCUGUCACAAAUAAAAAAUUGGAUCUCAAGAAAUCUCCAAAUUCUGAUGUUUUUGAUUUCCAGGAGGAAGAAAGUAAAAUUGAACCAAUUAAGGAGUCACAUAUGAAAGUUAUGAAACCAGACUUGUAUGUGGCCAGUGAUCAUGAGGCAGAUACUGCUGCUAAUGUGCCUGUUGAAAUACAGAGUGUGGAAAUAGAGUUCACAAGUGAAGAGCAGGAUUAUAAAGAUGAUGGAAAUGUUUGUCCAGAAGUGGAGACAACAGAAAUUGUAAUUGAAGAAGCAACUGAAGUCAAAGUUGAAAAAGAGAAGCCCAAACCUAGAAAGCGGAAGGGACGUAAAAAUAGUGGAAAAGAAGAUCUUACUGAAGAAGCAGUUUCUAGCCUAUCAAAGGAAAGCAAAAAUCAAAGUGACAUUCAAACUGAAGUUGUGCCAUUUGAAGCUCCUGCUUCUAAUGAGCAGGAACUUGUCAUAGAUGAGGGUGUUUCUCUACAUGUUGAGGAUGAAACUGAUAAAGCUGUAGAAUCAAUUGUGAAUGACGAAAAUGAUGAAACAGCCAAAGCAGUUGAAUCAAUCCUGCUUGAUGGUAUGCCAACAUAUGCCAUCUCUGAACCUGUAGAACCAACACCAGAACUGGACACUAAUUACUUACAGCCUGGGUUUGCCCCUGGUCUUCCGGCUGCCAUUCCACAGGUUGGGACUGAAGUUGAAACUACCACUGCUAACACACCUCUCAAAGGAAAGAAAGGAAGGAAAGGUAAACGAACAAAAUCAGGGCCGGCAGAUACACUCCUUAAUGAGAACUCAAAUAAGCUCCCUGAAGGAAAAUCAUUUGAUUUACUUGGGGAUACUGCAUUUGCUCCGGAUAUUACAAAUCCUUUGGACCAAAAUGACGAUGAUGAUGAUGGCAGAUUGCAAAUUGACUUUGAUCCACCCAAACCAGAAACUAAACAGAAAAAGCCAAGAAAACCUAAACAAACUAAGGGCAACAAAAUGAAUGAUGCUGCAGCUUUAGCUGCUGAAAAUAAGCUUGAUAACCUCUUUGGAAACUUCAAUAGUAGAGGUCAGAAUAAGGAUGAGCUGAAUAGGGACUCCCUUAGCAGUGAGAGUUCUGAACUUGAUAGAUCUAAGCAUGAAGAGUUACUAUUUAUGGAUAGGGAAGACCAAAGACAUGAUUCAGACAUGAUGUCACCAGAUGAGAGAUCUACAUCUGAUGACUUGACAAGUCCUGAUGUUAUCAAAGCAAAGCCAAAGAGAGGACGCAAACCUAAAAACAAAGAUCCAGCUAGUGUUCCAAUACCAAGAACAAACUCACCAAGGGCAACUAGGACAUUGUCACCACGUUCUCCAAGAAGCAACUUUGAUCCAAAAUCUCCAGAACCAAAGUUGAAUUGUCCAAAGAAUUUGAUUGUAGACGAGGGUAGUAAAUCAAGUGCUAAUGUGUUUGAUUUUGAUGAUGAUGAAUUUGGUUCUAAUAAAGUUGGUCAGAUUCCCUCAACAACAGCACCAACUGUGGCAACAACCACGCCAGCUCCAAAGCAGCGAAAACCAAGACAAAAGAAAAAGGUUGAACCUGGCCUGCAGAGCCCAGAAAAUCGUAGUAUGUUUUCUAGUCCUGAGCACAGUGAUAAGCUUAUUAUUGGAAGCCCCGACCCAAAAGAUGUAUUUAGUCCAGAUCAUAAAGUGCAAUAUAAUGCAUUUGAGAAAAAGACAUUGUUUUCACCUACAUUUCAACCAGAAGAACAAAAACUUGAAGUCAAAACUGCAGCUGAUGAUAAGCCACCAGAGCCAUUAUUUAAAGCUUUCUUCGAGGCAAAACCUAAAAAUGAAAAGGAUCCUUUACUUGUCAAAAAAGGCAUGUUCAGUCCAAAAGAAGGUGAAAAUAAGACACUAACAGCCGCACAAAUAAUGAGUAAUGUAGAUAAAACAAUUGAGGAUGUGUCUAAAGGGUUAUUUGAAAGUACUGAUGAUGAAGCUACAAGUCAUUCCAAUGAAACAACACCUGUUCAAAAGAAACGUCAGUCAAGAAAAAGUAAAGAGGAGGAUAUAAAGUCCCCUCUUAAAUCGCCAGUUCCAAAAUCUCCUAUGGUUAAAUCUCCAAUUGCUAACCACAUCAACAGUCCACCACCAUCACUACCAGUACCUCCUCAGCAACCUUUGGUCUUGCCUGGAAUGGGAAUUGGCCAACCAACAGCUCCAGCACAAAUUGGAGAACCACAACUUGCAGGACAUGUUGGAAUGUUUGGUCAGAUGUCACCACCAGUUUCAUUAGCUGCUUGUCGUGCUCCAGGUCAAGCCAACUCUGCACCAGAAGCUGCCAAAAAUGUGGAAGGUCCACAGAAAAUUCCAGAAAAGAUGCUCCCUCAUUCUUCACCUGUUAAGACAACUGUGUUGCAAUCACCAGUGAAAUCUUCUGGUAUUACUACAAUAGCUCAAUCUACAGCUGCUACUUCAGUCAUGUCAACUGUCUCAGCAUCUGUGGCACAAGAUCUUAGAAAAGGUGAUGGAGCAAUGGAAGGAGUUCUCAAGAAUGCCAUGCCUGGUUUUCUUGUUCCUGGUAUAUCUGCGUCUACUGCAAUGAAUGUUGUACAAGAAAUGACUUCUGCUGCCAGCACUGCACACACAACAGUAAUAUCAUCAACAGCAACAUCAGCAGUAGCAACAGUUACACCAGCUUCUGACUUAGCCAAAAGGCAGCAACAGACUGAGAAAAUGGCACAAGAGCAGCAACUGCUGGAACAACAAAGGAUAAUGGAGCAAAAGUUGAUAGAACAGAAACAAGUAGAGCUUCAGAAGCAACAAGAGCAUCAUGUGAAACUGAAGGAGAUGGAAUUGAAAAGACAGAUGGAGCAGAAACAUAUAGAAGAACAGCACAAGAAGUUACAGGAACAGUUGAAGAACAAAGAGCUCCAAGAGAUGAAAAAUAAAGAGGAAGCUAUGAAACAAGAGAAGGAAAAGAAGCGGUUAGAAGAGCAGUAUAAGUUGUUACAGCAUCAUCAGGAGCAGUUGAAGCAGCUUCAAGCUGUUGUACCUGGUGUACCUCCACUAAAUCAGCAGGGCAUGUUGUCACCAGGAGCACUAUCGAGGCCUAGACCAAGUUUACCAUCUCCUAAUGAUGGCAAGAAUGGACCAAGGCCACAAAUAUCUGCACAUCAUGCAAUGCCACCAGGUCCCUUUGGUUUGCAGGUACGUCCAGGUCAAUUCCCUCAGCAUUUGACUCCUGCACAGAUUCAAGCUAUGCAGCAACAUUUGGUACAACCUUUAGGUCAAGACAAACUACCAACCAAUGCUGAAUUAGCCCUCAAACAUCAGCAGCUUCAACAGCAUAUUGCCUCUCAACAGAAGGCACAGGUUCAAGCCUUAGCAGAGCAAAAGGCUCAGAUUGCUAAGCAGCAAGCAACACAGGCUAAGCAGAGUUCCCAACAAGCUGUACAAGGCAAACAGCCAGCUCAUAGUGCCCCUGCCAAAACUAGUCCCGCAACAGCAGCAGCCAAGAAAGGUGUUGAACUACAUCGACCUCCUCCCACAAGCCAGGGUCCAGGUAUUCCACCUCUGCAUGGCAAGGAAGGUGCACCAUUACCAGGUAGCCAGGAAGCUGCCAACCAGCUUACUCAGCAGAUUAAGCAGCAACUGGCAAUGCAAGCUCAACAUAAUCAGGGUCACCCAGGCUCACAUGGUGGACCACCACAAGCUCCACAUGGCUUACCUGGUUGGCAAAUUCCUCAUAUGAGACCAGAGGGUCCAAGACAACCAGGUCCACAAGGGCCUGUUACUGGUGAGGCUCGUACAUCUAUGCCUGGACCGGUGCCGGUUCUUGGUGGAAAUCCACAACAGGUUCAGAGAGUGUCCCCAAAUCCACCCACUAAGUCACCAACAGUUGCACAGACAGCACCAAACAUGGUUCUCGGCUUCUCACAGCAUCAAACUGCUGCACCUCGGGCACCAAGUCCAGCUGUUGCUAAGACUGCAGAAAGGCAAGGCUCAAAUGGCAAGUGGGCAGGGACAGCAGGGGCACCUCCAAGACCCAGUCAGCCAGAAGUAAGACCAAGAGUGCCAACAACUGAGGCAGGUCCACCAGCAACUAGACCUGAGAUAUGGGGUGUAAAUGGACCACCAGGCUCCACCCCAAUGAAUAUGAACCCGAUUCCCAGACCAGCUCAUCAGCAACCACCAUCUGCCCACCAGCAGCAGCCCGACACCUUACAGCUGACCCGGCCUCCUGCGCCAGCAGAGAGGGGAGGCAAGGAUAAAUUCAUUCAACAGCAGCAGCAUAUUCAAGAAUUGCAGAGGCAGGAAUUGUUGAAACACCAGGAAUUGCAGCGGCAACAACAGCUACGGGACCAGGCUCUACACGCUCAGGCUCAGAAGGAGGUUCAGAUACACAAGGAGCGGGAAGAGAGGGAGAAAAGGGAAGCCGCUCAAGCAAAUCUUGCGUCACAGAGUCAGGUUGAUCCAAGACAGUCUCCCGCUGUGAGAAUGACUUAUCCCUUUGUUGAACCAAGGCCACCAAGUCGUGAUGGCGGGAAAAUGCAACAAAGUCCUGCCAUUGUUGAUCCACGAGACCCAAGAUUCCCUCAGCAGUUUCCUGGUCAUCACCCUGCUGAUUUACGCAUGGGCUCCUCGCAGUCCAGUGCUUUCAGUCCGGCUGCUGGAAACAGUGGUGAUCCUACUCAUAUGUACUCCCAAGCUGAACUUCAGAGGCUUCAAAAUGGUCUUAUUCCUGCAUAUCCACCAGGUCUUAUGUUGCGUGAACCCCAUUUGAUUCCAGGACAUGCACCAUACAUGCUUCCAGGACACCUAGCUUACAUGGCCCAACAGAUGGAGCACCAACAGCACCUGGUUGAUGGUCGUCCACCAUCGAGGGGAACUAGUAGACCACCCUCAAAUCAGCCAGUACAUACAGUUUCCCCCACCCAGCACACUCCAAACGAUCAGCGCAACCAGGGUAGAAAUCAAAAUCAACAAGGAAAUGCUCCGCCUCCAUCCAGCAGAGAUCCUCCUCACCCAGGAGAUGGUAGUUUACUGAGUCUGUUGCAGCGCUAUCCAGUUAUGUGGCAAGGGGUUCUUGGUCUGAAGAAUGACCAGUGUGUAGUUCAGAUGCACUUCAUCUCGGGAUUUCAGCCUCUGGUAAAGAUGUCAUUGCCCCAGCAAGCUCCAGAUGGAACUGUGCAGCCACUCCGUAUUGCUCAGAGAAUGAGGUUAGAGCAGGCUCAACUAGAGGGUGUUGCCAAACGCAUGCAGAUGGAGAAAGAUUAUUGCAUGAUGCUUGCUUUACCAUGUGGACGCGACCACACAGAUAUUUACCAGCAGACGCGAGCCAUGUCAACCGGAUUUAUCCAGUACUUACAGCAGAAACAAGCGGCUGGUAUAGUCAAUGUUGCUGACCCAGGAUCACAACAGCCUGCAUAUGUGGUUCAUAUAUUUCCACCAUGUGAUUUCUCUCAAACGACCUUGUCUCGACUUGGAUUUGACCUUUUAUACCAGGUCAAGGACUUAGCCCAUCUUAUAGUCAUCAUAGCAACAGUUGCUUGAAUACAAAGGUCACAGUGACCUUGUUUCUCAGUGUAAGUCAGCAACAUUGAUAGAGGAGGAGACGCCAUACUCAAAAUCUUUUUAAGAGAUUUAUUUGUUGUGUUGUUGCUAGGAAAUAACCAUAUAAAUGACGACAAUAUUCAAGGAUAUGACAGUUACGCAGAAUUGAAUAGCAUACAUUUGUGUUAAAAAACCUGUGUAUUUUAAAAAUAACCCCGGAUUUGACUUUAUAUAUAAUAUAUAUAUACAUGUAUAUCUAUAUAUACAGACCCAGAAAUGAAUUAAUUUGAUAUAUGUUGCGUAUAAUAGUAUAGUGAAAUUAAUAAUGUAGAUUUGUACAGGAUUAUUAUACAAUGUAUUCAUGACACUUACGCUUAACACAACAGCUGUGUAGAGUUGGGAAGGAGGCUGUUGUGUGUCUCUCCCUUUAAACAAGUGUUGUCUAUAGUUAUUGUGCAUAAUUACUUAAAUGCAUAAAAAAAAAUAUGUGUAAUGGAAAUAUUGGCUGUUCUUUGUGGAAUAUAGUUAAACUAACACUGGAGUAACUAGUCGGUAAAUUAGUGAAAAAAAACAACUUCGAUGUUGUCACCCCCUGAAUCGUUGUGUUUUUAUGUACUUAAUAACUAUUGUGCUGUGUGUUUAAAAAAAAAAGACGCAACAAAAAUCCACAAAAAAUAACGACUGCAGUGAUUGCUAGUGAACUUGGACUAUAUUUGUGUAUUCAUACGCUAUUACACGUGCAUGGAAUUACUUUCUUUGGCUGAAUUACUUUAUAGUCAAUAUGUGCGUUGUUGUUUUUACUAUUAUUAAUGAAAUGUGAAAAAAGUGUGAUGUGCGAAAUUGACGGUCACUAUGCUGCAAUUUCUAUUGUUAUUUUUCUCUCUUUAUACUAUUUUUUAUCUUGGAUUUACUGGUUAUUUUAGUUACACUAUGGAUAUACCUGUGUUAUUUAGACAGACCACAGAUUUGAUUGGAAUUAUAACGUUUUGAGGGGUAUUUUUUUCUUCAUGGUGAUGAAAUGGAUUUAAUUGUGGUGAUUUUUUUCUUAUUAUUGAGUGACUUACACCUGUUACUUGGAGUUUGCAUAUUACACUGCCAGAUUGAACUCUUUGUUGGAAUUGUUUAUUAUAUAUAUAAGUGUUGAAUCAUGAUUUGAAUUAAAUUAACUAUAUAGUGCUUGAUGAUUAAAAUGAUAACGGUCUUGAAUUAUUUUCUUAUCAUGUAGUUUAUAAGUCCUUUUUCAUUCAUUUUUAGGACUUUUCAUUCAUUUUUAGGACUUUUUUUUUUUUUCUUUCUUCAAUUUCUGGAUUUUAAAAUCAUUUUCUAGAUAUAUUUACAUACACAUUCUUUAUAAAGCAUUUGCACUAGAAAAUAGAUGUUUCUGACAAUUUUGAUUCACGUUUUUAGUGAACAUAGAUACUAUGUGCUGGACACGAUAUGGUUUUUUUUGCCCCCCUGUUCAGACCAAUUUUUUUUGUAUCAUUAUUAUUGCUUAUUAAAAUGUUUUUCAUUGCUGUAGGACUUUGUGCUAUCAUUUGAACCGCUUUCUGGCGGGGCUUUUUUCACAUCAUUCGAUAGAAUAAAUAAUUGUUAUUAUUAAACAUAGUUCUUCUGUACCUACAUGUAAAUGGCAGCUAGGAUUCGUAAAAACAUUUUUUUGUUGAUAUAUUUGUUAAAUUUUUUUUUUGCCGUGUAACACAUCAGUAACAGUAUUACAUUAUUUGACAUAAAAUUGUGUAUGUGUUGUGUACCUGACAUAUACGUGUAUUGUGUGUGCACUUAAGAAUACACAAAAAUGUAUGUUGAGUGCAUAUUUAAGGGAAAUCAUUAAUGAGGACUAAUUCAGUAUGUUUAAAGAUGAUUUUGAAUAGAUCUUUAUACUACUUCACAUUAAAUAGAGAAAAAGGAGGAAAAAAAUUUCGACAAAAAGCAACACUUAAUAACCAUUUUAAAUAAAUAUUGUAUCGGAAUUCCUAAAAUCAGUUGGACACAGAUUACUUUACCAUUCACACAAAAGAAGAUGUCCAUGAUAUUUAUACCAUUUUCCAUCACUUUUUAGAAAGAGUUUUUAAAAUCAUAAAAAAAAGUUAUUUGCGCAACAAAAAUGCUGAGUAAGGUAAAAUAAAUAUAAUCAUCAUUGUAACAAAAAAGAGAAAAUACAAGGUGUUUUGUAAUGUAAUUGUCCAUGUAUUAUUUUUUGUUUCGUGUAAACAAAGACAAAACAUUUUAAUUUGUCUUGUGAUGAAAAGCAAGGUUACUUGGAUUUCAUGCAAUCAUAUAAAUGUAUCACUCCGAAGAGGGUUGUUAAGGAUUUAAUUUCUCAUUUAUUCAUAUGUUAAUGCAAAAAAAUGGCCAAAAAGAUGUGAAAAAAUAAGAUAAGAUGAAAGACAGUGGCUAUUAAGCUGUAGUUAAUCAGUAAAAUGAGAUAAUUAAUGCUUCAGUUGAAUGAAAAACAUUGAAAUAUUUGAAAAUUUGAUGUAAAACUAUUGCAGAGUCUGGUUGAACUACCCAAGACCAAGUCAUUAAAAAAAAAAAUACUAAAAAAGAUUAAUUAAUUUUUAUGUUACAUAAAAUGGUACUUGGUUAUUUUUUAUUAAGUUAUCUUAUUUCUUGUACCCUUUCUUGUAUAGUGUUUACAAUUUGAAAAAAUUCAAUAAAUUAUUCAUAGAAUUUAUUUUUUUAGAAUAAUUUAAAAUUUGUCUUUGCCCAGUUUAUAAUUUAUUUUUUUACAGCUUUUGUUACAUUUAAGGCAAAUAUGGUAAAUAGAAGUUAAAUUCAAUUGUAUGGAAUUCACAAGGUAACCUUGUUUUAUCAUUAAUAUUGUUUACACAGUUAAUGAGUAGAAAAGCAUGGUAUUUAUCAUGUCUAUUUGAUUUUGUUUACCCAACAAACUUUGUUAAUGAUACACUAUUAUACAUUAUAUUAUAGUAAAGUGUUAUGUGUACAUACGUUGUAUUUUUGUAGAAAAAAAGGUAAAAAAAAGAAAAUUGUGCAAUGAAAACACAACUUUAUGGACAAAUUAUUUUGAUCUCAAACUUUUGCUUUUGAGUGAUUGAGUGAAAAUAGGAUCAUCUUUGUCUGUUAUUUCUUCUGUCCAUCAUCGAGUGAAAGAAUGAAUGAUCAAUACUUUGUUUAUUGAAUUGGUAGAAAUAUUUUCUUCUGUUUUUUUUUUCUUCUUCAGUUUUAAAUUAGUAUAAUUAUGGGUGAUUUUUUUUUCUUCUGAUUGUUAAAAGAUCGGGUUUAUUUUUGAAAAAAACAAAACAUUUUGCUUUAAAUUGGAAGCCAUUUUCACAAUAUAUGCGAAAUAGACUUUAUUUAUUAACUUUUUGAAAUUGUUGUUAGUUUCUUUUAUAUUAGAAUUUUUAUAUAAAUUAGAAUUGUUUGAAUAUUAAAACUGAUCCUAUGGUCAUAUUUUAGGAGAAAGAAAUAAAAAGACAAGGGCUAUGUGAUAACGUUUCUAAUUUAUUCAUGUUUAUUUUUUUUUCUGUGAUAACUAAAUUUUGUUUCAUUGGAGUAACUGAUGUUUUGUUACCAUAGAAACUGAAUAUUGGUUGCCAUAGUGAUGAGUAUUUUUUUUGAAAAUCAUUGAACUGAUUAAAUUGAUAUAGGGCAUAGGAAGCUGGAGGUCAUGGGUUGUGUGUCGGGGAGGGGGAGGGGUUAUGAUCAGAAAAUAUUUACAUUAAUGUUGCAUGAAAUUAUAAAAAUCAAGAGAUAAAAUUUCAAGAAAAGUGCUAUCUGUUUUGUAUAUAUUGAGGAUAUGGCAUACUUUUUUGUAAGCUUUAUUAUAUUGGGACUAUUUUUGUUCAUUUUAUUACAAAAUUGUUAGUCGGAUUUUGAAAUUAUUCUAUAUCCACUUUUCUAUUUAAAGAAAAAUUUUAAGAUUUUAACAUUUUUUUUCUUUCUUUUACAUUUCUCUUUUUUUUUUCUCCCUACUGUUCUAUUUCAUAUUUCGUCUACAUUGUUACUUGUUAUUUCAUAUGUCACUUUUCUAUGUAAUGCCCCUCAUUUUCCCCAUUUAUUAUACAUGGCAUCGUAUAUGUUUUUGUGUAAAGUCACUUAAUGUGUAAUACCAUUGUUACCCCUGGUUAUAAAUGUGUAUAUUUGAUUGUACAUAUGUGUAUAUAUUAAUGCAGAGCUAUCAAGUUUAUGUAUAUAUUGUAUAUAUAUGACAUUGUCUAUGUAUAUAUAAGCCAACAGCCUAUUGUGAUCUUUAAUCCCAAGAGGAACAUUUCUAUAGAGAUAAUCUAGGUUUCCAUGGCAACAGGUCUUGGAUAUUUUCUUUAAUUAUUUUAGUUUGGGGAAAAAAAAGCAAAGAACGUCUUUCCUGCGCUUAUAAGGGAAGCUGAAAACUGUCUUUUUUCAGUUUUAAUUAAAUUUAAGAUACAGAUGUGUUUAAUGAUGGGUUGAACUCUUAUUUAGAUGUAUUGUCACCAGACGAUAUUUUUUUGUCUUUUUUAGAAUUUUGUUAUUUAUGAAAUGUUCAGAAAAUUUCUGAAAUUGGUUGCUAUGGUGACCGUUGUCAUGUAGGAAGUUUGUUUCUUCCUUGGUCUUGUCUCACUAAAAUCUGAUUAAAAUGUUAACAAAUA